GGCGCGGCACGGACUUUGCUGUGCACAUGGUUCGAUUGCUGCAGGAGCACUCGCGUAUCCGAUCGGAGUCGAUGUCGACGCUUUUCGUGGACCUGGAGGAGCUGAUCCAGAGUGAGGGCCUACACAAGGAGUUCAUCGUGCCGUCGACCAGGACUCUCGACCCCCUCGCUCAAUGCGAUGCCCAGGUUUCGGCUAACGAUGUAGAGUACAGCGACGACAGCCUGUUCAAU